AUGCCGCUAUGCUACGGCGCCUUUAAGAGGCCCGGGCGGGAAGCGUGGUUCCGGCGCUACUUCGGACGCGUACCCGCCUCCGAGCAGGAGUUUAUGCUCUGGAUCGGAGAGCGGGCCAUGCUUGGUCGCACGCUGGCCACCCAGGCCGUAAGGGUAGCUGCCCUAAUUGUAGCCGAGCUGGCGUAG